GAUGGAUGUACUGUUCAAUCCUUAUCAGUUAUUCCCUUCGCAAGGCCCUGAUUUAAUUACAGACAGAUGUUCAUUUCUGUCCUUAUCGGUUAAAAACGAGAAGGAAUUUGUCUCCAGGGAUCUCAAACACGGCACACCAGUUUUGCUGUCUCUGUCUAGAUAUUUAAGAAGUGGAGCAAGGGAUUCAAUCAACCAUCCUUACUGCUCAGACUGUGGGGAGGGAUUCACUCGAUCAUUUGACCAACUGGCAUGCCCGUCAUUUUACACAGGGGAAAGGCCAUUCACCUGCUCAGACUGUAGGAAUGGAUUCACUCGGCCAUCUCAAUUGAAGGUACAUCAGCAAGUUCACACUGGGAAAGGCCAUUCAUCUCUUCUGUGUGUGAGAAAGGAUUCAGUCAGUCAUCCCAUCUGUGGACACACCAGUCAGUUCACACUGGGCAGAGGCUGGUCAUCUGCUGAAUUACUGGGAAAGGAUUCACUCGGUCACCUGACUUAAUGGCAUACCAGCGAGUUCACACCGGGGAGCGGCCGUUCACCUGCUCAGACUGUGGGAAAGGAUUCACUUUGUCAUCUCGCUUACUGACACACCAGCGAGUUCACACUGGGGAGAAGCCGUUCACCUGCUCAGUCUGUGAGAAGAGAUUCACUCACUCUUCCACCCUACAGAGACACCAUCGACUUCACACUGGGGAGAAGCUGUUCACCUGCUCAGUCUGUGGGAAAAGAUUCACUGAUUCAUCCACCCUACAGGGUCACCAGCGAGUUCAUACUGGGGAGAAGCCAUUCACCUGCUCAGUUUGUGGGAAGAGAUUCACUGAGUCAUGCAACCUACAGAGACACCAGCGAGUUCACACUGGGGAGAGGCCGUUCACUUGCUCAGUCUGUGGGAAGGGAUUCACACUGUCAUCAAACCUACAGAGACACCAGCGAGUUCACACUGGGAAGUGGCCAUUCACCUGCUCAGAAUGUGGGAAAGGAUUCACUCAGUCAUCCCACCUACUGGCACACCAGUCAGUUCACACCGGGGAGUGGCCAUUCACCUGCUCAGAAUGUGGGAAGGGAUUCACUCGGUCAUCCCACCUACAGAUUCAUCAGCAAGUUCACACUGGAGAGUGGCUGUUCACCUGCUCAGAAUGUGGGAAGGGAUUCACUCGGUCAUCCCACCUGAAGAGUCACCAGCGAAUUCACACUGGGGAGAAGCCGUUCACCUGCUCAGUCUGUGGGAAGGGAUUUACACUGUCAUCCACCCUACAGAGUCAUCAGCGAGUUCACACUGGGGAGAGGCCGUUCACCUGCUCAGACUGUGGGAAAGGAUUCGCUCGGUCAUCUGUCCUACUGAGACACCAGUCAGUUCACAGUGGGGAGUGGCCAUUCACCUGCUCAGAAUGUGGGAAAGAAUUCACCCAGUCAUCCCAGCUACUGGCACACCAGUCAGUUCACACAGGGGAGUGGCCGUUCACCUGUUCAGAAUGUGGGAAAGGAUUCACUUGGUCAUCUGAUCUGCUGAAACACCAGCGAGUUCACACUGGGGAGAAGCCGUUCACCUGCUCAGAAUGUGGGAAGAGAUUCACUCAGUCAUCCAACCUACAAAGACAUCAGCGAGUUCACACUAGGGAGAAGCCGUUCACCUGCUCAGAAUGUGGGAAAGGAUUUACUGAGUCAUCCCAACUACUGGCACACCAGUCAGUUCACAAUGGGGAGUGGCUGUUGUUAUGA